AUGAUUGGAGAAAAACAAAUGGUGAGAAAACACGCGUUUGCCAAUGCAUUGUUGCAUAGACAACUGAAGCGUAGCAUUUCGAUCCAUCAGGCUUCCAACAUUGUUAUAGAUAAGAGGCAGCAUGACAUCUCGCCAGUUUCCAGCAAUAUCUCCGAGCUUUCCUCAGAUAGUUACCAAUUGCCUAGCGAGGCUGUCUUUGAAACGAUAGGACAUAAUCAAUCUACUCUUUCUCUUACUGUUCCACCUUCUGUGCCGGUCCAUGUGAAGCGUGGAUCAUUGAUGGCGCUUUUCACUGCCACGGAGACGAAAGCUAGCAUGAAAGAUAUUGUUCAAUCGAAAUUGGAAGUGCAAGAGCCAUUGAAACGAUUAGCCUAUGGUGGGCACACAUUUCUCUAUCAACGACUAAUAUCCACUGUUCCUUUGACCCUGUUGGUUUCAGCUUACGACAGCACCUCGAUCGUUCGCAGAUCGAAAACUUCCAAGACCUUCUGUAAUUUGUCACUAGAUGGGUCUGUGGAUUGGGCUCUCUUUAAACCUGACUCUGUUCAGGCAUACAGUGGUAACUCGCUGACGAUCACUAGCCAAAAGCUCCCUAGAUCCGUCUCAAGAGCCGGGGUGCGAAAAUUUGGCCUUCUUAAAAAUUCAACCCCUGGUCUUGCGGGAUCGUUUUCAUCUGGAUACAAGCACGUUUCAGGGCGGGGAUAUGUCUCCCUUGUUGGAGAGGGCUCCAUUUUCAAGUUGAAUCUUGAUGAAGACGAAGAGAUUCUUGUCAGAAAGGACAAUUUGUUUGCGGCCUCCAUAACCCAAACACAAGACUUAGAGGACGGAUACUUUGUCUCUCAAACUUUAGACAGGCAUUUACAAGCUGAAGUAGAGGUCAAAGUGAGUGAUACACAACAAGAGGAAAGCGUCUUUUCCAAGGUUAAAGAAUUCAUUUCCAAGGGUUGGAGUUACCUCCAUCAUAGACAGCAGUCCUUAUUUGAUACGAUCAUUGGUAACGGAAGUUAUAUCAAUGUUAGAGGCCCUCGCAUCUUGCUGAUACAGGCCAACACGGGCGAAGAUCGAUUUGUCCUCGGAAGCCGAAGCUCGGUCUCAUCUGUGGAGAAGUAUAUUAAAAAAGGCGGUUUUUCACAGCCGUCCAGAUCCACUGAAGACUAUCUGAGCUAUGCUACGGUCAAAGAUGGGCGCGUAGAGUUCCGAAACACUCCAAACUUUGACGAGACGGUAGCCAAAAUUGAAUCGAAGGGACAAGACAAGGCUGUGUAA